AGAGCCAGCAACAGUCGCCGUUCAAGCGUUCCCCGCGCUCCAUCUGCUGCUCUGCCACCUCUGCCACUCGACUCCAUUAAUUUUGGUGAUAUUUUUUUUCUUGUGUAUUUUUUUGUGUGUGUUUGUUUUGAGCGCGUGCAGCAUGUGGCGCUCUCUGCUGACCGUUGCCAGCCUGCUCCUGGCCGCCCCCGCCUCGACCCUGGCCGGACGCCUCAGCCAGCGUUAUCUGCCCAGCACCCAGCCCCAGUCCCAGGCCUCGCAGCUCCAUUACCACGGCGUCAGUGGCCAGGGACAUGGACGCUCUGCCGCCCCUGGAGCUGCUGCCUCGGGCUAUCAGCGCCAGCAGCAGCAGCCGCAGAUUCCCAUCGUGCGGAGCGACUACCAGAGCGACGCCAGCGGCAACUACAACUUUGGCUUCGACACGGGCAACGGCAUCCAUCGCGAUGAGACCGGAGAGUUCCGUGGGGGCUGGCCCCACGGCUCGCUGGGCGUGCGCGGAUCCUACUCCUACACGGGCGACGAUGGCCAGCAGUACACGGUGAACUACAAGGCGGACAAGGACGGAUUCCACGCCGAGGGCGCACAUCUGCCUACAUCCCCGUCAGUGCCCGCUGCUAACGCUCACGCACCCGCCGGUGGCCCAGCUGGACGCGCAUCCGGAGGCUCCUAUGGCGGCGCCUAUAGGGGAUCGGCCUCGUCGCAUGUCCAGGCACCGAACACGCGGUAUCUGCCGCCCGGCUAUCGCCAGCGCAGACACUACUAAGGGCGGCCUCCCUUUGCCAAUCCCGAUCCUUGAUCCCCGA